GAGGUUUAUAGGAUCUUUUUGGGUAUAGCUCAGUAUUACCUGCCCCAAAACCGAUUGUCCGAAAACCCAGGAGGAAUGAUUUCAAUAAAUAGUAACAUGGUAACAUCAGACAACCGACGGCGCUCGGAACCGAGCGAUCUCUGGCUCGUCCCUCCAUGUCUAUUUCAUAUCACUAAAAUCACCUAUUGUCAUACACUGUCUACCUGCUUCGAAUAACGCGAAGAUCACUGCGCCGUCAUGACUAGCCCGUCUCCCUUAAUCGUUCCAAUAAUCCUCGUCAACGGAGACUUGCAAUUCGUUGAAGUAGAUCAUGGUGCUACGGUGCAGGACGUGUUAAAUGAGCUGCUGGAGACGUCGGACGUAAAGAAUAAUAUACUCGGAGACUUAGAAGACCAAGGUUGGGCAUUGCAGAGACUGAGAUUCGAAAGGAAGGGAAGAAGAUGGGAAGAAGAGGAGCUUGAGGCGCUUGGAGAUGGAACUCUUGACCCAUCGGAAAUCAUCGAACCUUUCUUAAACAAUAUCUCUCCAGAUAAUAAUACAUCAAUGAGGACAUUUUCGACAUUUCCAAUGACUGGUCAUAUGCAACAGCCAGUUUUACGUCUAGUUUCGCUGAACUCAAACCUGACACUUAAUUUAUCUUUCCUUCGCUUGCCCGAAAUUCACGACUCUUUCGCGUACAAGCUCUUCAUUUCACGGCAAACGUUAGUAUCUACUGUCAUCACACAAGUCAUUGAUGAACUCGGAUUGGCUCUAUCGAUUCCUAUCCCCGGCGGAGGGCCAUUAGAGUAUAUAAUGGAGGAAGUUUGGACAGAUGGGUCCUCUGAAAAGUCUUCUAGAUUACCAGGAGAUUCAUUGAUAUACAGCACCGUUGAAUUUUCCUACAUCCCGAACCCAUUCCCUCCCAGUGCCACUAGGGCUUUUCGAAUAUGCAUACCAGACGAAUGGUUCCGUCGGACGAAGACCCGUACAGCGUCAAUGACUUCUCUUGAGCCCUCACAAUCCACCAUCAGACGGCUUGCGUCUCUGCAGGAAUCUGAGGAGGAAGAUGAGGAUGAAGAUGAGAGGGAGGAGGAAGGCGAAGGAACAGCCAAGGUCAACAACAUUGCGUCUCCAGAGAAUAAAUCAUCUUCUAGUGAUUGGACGAGUACAAAUCGACUGUCUACCUUAUUCACUGGCUGGUUAUCACCUUCUACAGAAGGACCCAAUCGAAGUACUGUUGUUGCUUUUCCGGACAAGAGGGAAAGUGUUGUUAGUGAACCUCGGCCGUUCGAACAACACACUGGAGGUAAUCACAAGGAAUCCUCUGCCUCAAGUACCGAAGAUGAAUCUGAUUUUGACGAAAAUGGGUUCAAUGACAUGCUUGACAAACUGGGUUUUACAGGGGACAAACGUGCAAAUAUACAAGCUCUAUCGCAAGAAAAGAAGAAAUUUCUCGCCAAGCAGAAUCAACAUCUUAUAAGCUCAUCACCCAAGUCUUCACCGACGCGAAAUCAAACUUUUGGCCCAUCUUCCGGUGGCGGUCUUAUGCCUCGUCUCGUUCCACACCUUACGGGUGAUUCAGUCAUGCGCCGCCUGUCUCUGACAUCUUGGAAUAAUCCUUCAGAAGAAACCGCAGACCAAAGUUCUGUCACCGAUUCUCCACAAACUCAAACAGCCACUGUCAUUGCUCCUGACCCAGAUCCACAGCCUGUUGCUUCUCAAAGUACUGGCAGUCUCUGGUCCUCAUUAUGGAUUCUUUCUGGCGGAGACAAAAGCGACAAGUACUCUUCUGACAACGACAAGAAAAAGACCAAGCCAGCCAAGUGGUAUGUCGACCAGCUGAAGUCCGGUAGGCUCAAAGGUGAUAGGUUGCAGGCCCUUGUGCUCGGUUUACGGGUACAACUAUCAACAGUGAAUUUGGUAUGGAUACAGGAGUUUAUCGAAGUGGAGAAAGGCAUGGAUCAGCUUGACGUUCUUUUGGUUGAUCUUGUCGGAAAGGGACCGAAGAGUAAGGUGUUGAGUGAAACGAAUGCUUCGACGUUGCUGGAGACUGCAAAGUGUUUCAGGGCUCUUUUAAACACUGAUGUUGGCCUCAACAAAGCUUUCCAAUCUUCUAUUAUUAUCACUCACAUCACAUAUGCCCUUUCGUCUCCCUCGCCCAAGAUUCGUGCUUUAAUAUCCUACAUCCUCGUCGGAUUCUGCCUUCUCUCCAACCCGGAGGGGUUCCGCGUAGCCAUGUCCAGUCUAGCAGAAUACCGAAUCGCGUUCGGAGAAGAAUUUAGGUUCGAGAUGAUCAUUUCGACUUUGAAGUUGCCCGAGUUGAACAACGCUGUUGUUGGUGAUGCGUCCCCAGCAGACGGAUUUGGUUACGGAUACGAGGAAUCAGACAUAUGGGAAGCGAGAAAUGCUGCAAUGUUGUUGUUGAAUGCUAUCGCGACUGCUACUGGGUCGGUGGAAGAUAGGAUUAUGCUAAGGGAGGAGUAUGGAAGGAGAGGUCUUAACGAGGCCAUUGUCGCUCUUCGCUAUCUCGGUCCUCCAGACGACCUUCUCAAACAACUCGACUACUACACCGAAGAAAAGUUUGAGGACGAAGAAACGAUGCGUGAACGCGUACAAAGAGUCUUAUCUCGAUUAGCUGACAGUAAUCUUGAGCAAAGCCGUCUAGGAUCGAGGUCGGGGACUUCUGAAAGUUCGCUGAGUGACUUGUUGGAGGAUAUCAUCAGACUAGCCAAACAGCAUGGGGAGUUAUACCCUAUAAUGGUGGAUGUUUUGAAUCAUUAUGGUCAGUUAUUGGUGAGGGAUAUCGGGAUGCAACUCAAAACCGAUCUACUCACUGUGCUAGACCAGUUUGUACAACAAGCUUCAUUGCUCGAUAGCUUUGACGACAACUGGCACAUUUUCAUGAAGCGGUUUACCGAAUCCGUGGAGAACAUUACUGGUCAACCGUUGGACGUCAGAGCGAUAUCGGAAGACACCCAGAUGAACAGUGCUAUUGUCAAGGAGGAGGUUGCGCAAUUGAGGAAACAAGUUGAAGAACUGAGCCAGGAGCGGACAGCACUCCAGAAAGAGAAGGACGAGCAGUUGGUGGAAAUCAAUACUUAUAAAUCCCUACCUGUAGCUUUGACUUCUCAAACGAAAAUCGGGGGGAAGGUUGCUCCUGAGGUUCAAGGCUUUGUUCAACGUGUAAUUGCGAAAGAGAAGGAGGUUCGGAAACUACAAUCCGAACUGGACCAUCUAAAAUCCCGACUGCCUAGUGAAGCCGAAGAGAAGGCAAGGCGAGAACGCGACAGAGUCAAAUGGCAUAAUUUGAAUUCACAAAUAGAUGAACUUAGAGCAGAAUUGGUGGAACUCACCGCAAACUCUAAAGUGAAGGAUCAGCACAUCCAAUACCUGAAGCGCGCUCUAGAAGCGGUGUGGAGUCGAUUCAAGUCCCGUGAAGAAGAACGAGAUACAGCGGAAAUAGAUCCUGAACAAAUGGCCGCUCGAUCAAUCCAAAGUUUGGAGCUCAAGGACAACCAAAUUGCCUCGUUAAUUGUGGAGGUGGCGGACUUGAAAGCUCAGCUUACGGCGAAACCAAAAACGGAGAAAGAAUUCAAGAUGAGCUCAGCUUACGGCGAAACCAAAAACGGAGAAAGAAUUCAAGAUGAGGUCUCCACCUCCUCCGCCUCCGCCUUCAAAACCAAGACACAAUUCGACGCCGUUUCCAGCACAGAUUCCACCACCCUUUCCCCAUUACCGCCCCCGCCCCCGCCCCCACCUCCCCCACCCCAUACUGUCUCUUCUGCUUCUUCGACGAUCAUCGCUGCUCUGCCUUCACCACCACCUCCUCCGCCUCCUCCGCCUCCUCAGCCGCCUUCUCUAGGUAGAUCACAGCCUCCGUCGCCUCCGCCUCCGCCUCCGCCACCUCCACCAUCUCGAGGACUUAGCGGGCUUCCUCCUCUUCCUCCCCCUCCACCACCUGCUCCGGGUGGAGCUCCGCCACCUCCGCCACCUCCUCCCACUCCUGUUUCAGGCCGAGGACCGCCGCCACCACCUCCCCCUCCUCCGACCGCCUUCAGGAUGCCUGCUCGUAAGCCUAGCAAGCCGGUCAAACGAUUGAAACCCUUUUUCUGGACCAAGCUAGCUUCCUCUGCGUUGGAGUCUUCCAUUUGGCAGGAAACAACAUCUGAGUCUCAGUUCGACUUGACCGAUCUGGAAGCAACUUUCGCUAUCGAUAAUACCCCAGGAGCAGGGACCGGGACGGCUUCACAGAUACCGCUUAGUCCCUCCAAGAAGCAGGCUGUAACGACGUUGCUGGAUAUUACUCGGGCAAACAAUAUUGCUAUCAUGCUAUCACGAAUCAAACUGAAACUGCCUGAGAUUCGGGAGGCGUUACUAAAACUUGAUGACGAAAAAUUAUCUACAGAUGAUCUGAGGGCGAUCAGUAAACAGCUUCCGACUUCUGACGAGGUCAUGCGCAUUCAAGACUUCAACGACGUCAGUAAACUGGCGAUAGCAGACCAGUAUUUCGCCGAAAUCAUCAUCAUUCCUCGCCUCUCGGAACGUUUAGAAUGUAUGCUCUUCCGACGCAGGUUAGAUCUAGAAUUAGAGGAACUGCGCCCAGAGUUGGAUAUCUUGCGAACUGCGUGUCUUCAGUUGCGCAAUUCGCAAAAGUUCAAACGCGUCUUAAAUGCAGUUCUCGCUGUCGGGAAUGCAUUGAAUGGGUCUUCAUUUCGUGGAGGGGCUCGAGGGUUUCAAUUGGACGCUUUGAUGAAGCUGAAGGAGACUAAGACUGUGAGGGGUGGCGCCGAAUGUCCGACGCUUUUACAUUACCUGGCAAAGGUGUUACUUCGGACAGAUCCCUCGCUCCUCACUUUCAUUGAAGAGAUGCCUAACUUAGAGGCUGCUGCUCGAGCAUCAGUGCAGACCACUGUCCAAGCAGUAAACUCCCUUGUUACUGGUCUCAAUCAGGUCAAGAACGAGACGAGCGAACUGAAAAGACUACGCGACAUACGACCGAACGACCAGUUCGUUCAGAUCAUGCAGCCUUUCAUUUCGCAUGUAAGCCCAGGUGUAGAGGCGCUCAAGACCAUGGCAGUAACUGUGGAAGCUGGAUUACGAUCAUUACUUGCAUAUUACGGGGAAAAUCCUGAUUCCCCUGAAGCUCCCAAGUCUGAAGAUUUUUUUGGUCUCAUAUUAUCUUUCUCGUCCUCUCUCCAGAAAUGCUCUUUGGAAGUACAUGAAUAUCAGCGAAAGUUGGAGACUUCAUUGCCUAAGCCCGAGAUAGUCGUGUUACCGGGAGAAGAAACGACCAUCAAAUUACCGGCUCCAGUUCCACUUCUCACUCCAGGAUCGCAGAGCUCGAUGGGCAAGUCUAUUGGUCGCGGUGAUCUCGAUCAAGCUAUUCGUAGCAUGCGGGAUGGAAAAAGACGUGCUCGUCCAACUGCUGCUCGUCCACUGAGUAAGAUUUUCUUAGAUGGUGGCCCGGCUGGCGGACGCCCUCUCAGCAGGUUAUUUGAUUCAUGAUGUCUCAUUAUGAAGUGCUACGUUUACACACAUUGUAUAUUUCCCAUCAUCUAACGCAUUUAUCUCAAUAGGACAAU